AUGCAAUACAAAGUGAAGCUGUGUGGAUCUAAGGUGUCACUUGGGAUUCAUGGCUUCUGCGUUGGUGUUACCCUCUGGGAAAUGGGAAAUGCUGAACCAAUCAGCAUGAUUCUUCGAAGGAAAGGCUUGCAAUUUGCACAAGUUCUAGAGGCUUUGCCAGAGUGGCCAUUGGCUCCCAACCAGCCACAGCAGAAACCCGUCUCCUUUGAUCUACAGUUCGCCAUGUCGAACCCAUCUCCAACCACUCAAGACCCCAUAAGUUGCUCUAGCAAGAAUCCUGGUAUGCCCGAGGCUCAUAGCAAUGAGUGGACCAAGCACUCCAAGAAUGAUUCGUUGGACAAUGCCAAACCAUCAGUGGAAGAUCCUGCCAUCAAGGACAACCAUGAUGACAAUGAAGAAGGCGAUGAUGUCUGGAAAUAUCUCUGCCUCAACCACUGGGGGUGUGGUGCGGCCAAUGAGCUGCUUCAAGCCACAGAAAUGACACCUAAAAGUUACUUCCUCACUUUUGCCUAUCCAACCCCAAGCCACAAUGUACCCGCUCCUUUACCUCCACCAAAAUAUGCACCCAAAGACAAUGUGUUGAUUGUGGAUGUCCGCACCAUGGACAACCAAAUCCUCUUUUCCAAGGCUAUCCCAGGUAACGCCAUUCCUGAAUUCUUUUCUGGGGGAGAGACAAAGUCAAUCCACCUGCAAGAAACUGUUUGGGGGUUCCACGAUUUUGAAGGCUCAUUUUCCAGCUACCAACACUUCUACGACGACCAGUUUCUACCUGGCAGCUAUGCUGACUUUUGCCUUGGUACCCAUUGGAAGGGAACAGUGCACCUAAUGAGGUUGCCGGACAGGAAGGUCAUCCAGUUUGUAGAUGUUUCUGAAUCGGAUGACGAGAUAGGUCCACCAGAUUCAGAUGAAGAUAAAAGCCAACACAUCUUGGUGACUUCCCUCAUUUCGAGUGGUUGCAAGUCAGAAUUGGCUACGGGCCGAUCAGACCAGACAUUGUUUCCACAUAUGGGCAUACACGAUUCUUCAUCUAUAUAUGAAGAUGGGGGCAUGGAGACGUGCCUAACCAUGGAAUACAAAGUGAAGCUGUCUGGAUCCAACGUGUCACUUGGGAUCCAUGGCUUCUGUGUUCAUGUUACCCACUGGGAGAUGGCAUGUGGUGAGCCAAUUAGUGAUAUUCUUCAGACGAAAGGCUUGCAAUUUGCACAAGUUCUAGAGGCUCUGCCAGAAUGGCAAUUUGCUCCCAUCCAGCCACAGCAGAAGCCCUGA